UUGAAUCUACUCAAAAGUGAGUCAAAAUGACUCACUUUUGAAUUUUAAUGCUAAUGUCAAAAAGUGAGUAACAUUAUAUUUAGCAGGUGAGUAAAUUUUCACUCACUUCCCAUAAUUUCAGCUUUUACUCACUUUUGCGUAAUUGCCUCAACUGUCAAGCUGUUUGAAAAUUUUUCUCGUGCUUUUAUAAAGUGUAUUUUGUGAAAACUGAAAUGUUCCGGACGUGAAUAUUCGAUAUUUAUGGACAGACAUCGGCGCAGAUGGGCAGAGCUGGUGGUGAUGAUCCGGCUGGACAUGACCCGCAAGGAUUCUCGCAGCACGAUCGAGCGACGGAGGAUUCUUCCAAAUUCCAUGAUAUCUCCGAUUCUCGAUAUGGCCUUGAGGGUGUCUGGAACUUGAACUUGCCUUUGCCCUUGCCUGCGGUGUCAACAAAGACAUGGAUAUUAUUGUGGUGGAUUCAAGACCCAAAUGUUCCGGAUCACGAUAUACGAACCGGGCACCAAGCCGGGCAAGUAACAGUCCCGCUACGAAACUGGAAUGAAGACAAUAAAUAUCUACCGGAAAAUUUGUGAUGCGUUCCAUCUGUUGGUAUUACAGUUCGGGUACGCGAAGCACAUACUCGUGCCUGAAAUAUUAUGCGCGUUAACGCCUUCAAAGAACUUGUAAUCGUUCCAAUGUCAGUCAGCGUUAUCUGCGAAACGUUAUCAUUACAUUCAAAUAAAAGUCUCUACUCCCGCCAAGACGGUGCCCAUGUACACACAGAUGGAAACAUUUCCCCCUCUCAAGCGAUCGUCGGUGGUACAGGAGGUGCAGUGCGUCUACGACGAUCAGACAAUCCAGGUGGUGCCAGUCCUUGUGUUGUGCCAGUCACAUCUUCGCGCACCCGGCGAGGGUCUAUCACGGGUCAACAGCGUCAGCUAUUGUGACCAUUACGUUCACGUGAAAAGACAGAUCCCGAGUCCCAACAAGCACAAAGUGAUGAUGGAGGUGUACGCAGAAUUGGAAGAAGAUACCCCCGGUCAAAUCAUGGGCGUUUCAUCGUCUAUAGUUCCUUGGUGACGAAGAAAAUGAAUCUAUCGAGAACAAAAUCACUCAGUGCCCGAAUGAUGAUGAUUUUAUCGACUACUUAUGUAUUUAAACUCUUAUGUAAACUCUUAGCAUUAUGUAUUGGUACAUCCCACUAAAAUUAUAUUAAUAAAUGAU